CGUACUGGUGAAAAGUGAAAUUUUUAGGUGAAAGUCAGUCGUCUUCGAAUCACGAUGGGUGUCUGUAGAUUGUGCACCAAAAGUUCCCUCGCCAAUGGACGACUUGCGGACCGUUUCUUUCGGGAGAAGGUUCUGGACAUAAUCUGCAUGUGGGUUGACGUCAACGAUGCCCGUCAAUCAAAGGAUGUUUGCGAUUCAUGCUUUAAUUUAGUCGAAAAGUUCUACUCCUUCAAACGUGACUGUCGGUCAUUCCAACUGGCAUCGAAAGAGCAGAUAAGCAGUUCCGAUAAGAAAUCCACACCAAAUGAAGCCUGUCCGCUAGUUAUUAAAUUUGUCGAUCCUGCUAAAGUGGAGAAAGCCUCCAAAGAAGAAUAUGCUGAGGUUGAUUCUGAAGAUGAGUUCUUCCGAAAUCUACCUCCACUGAAGAAGCCCAAGAAAAAGUACGUUACGAGAAAAUCACCCAAACCACCGAAGGUGGAUGUAAACGGGGAACGCAUCGUCGUUCCCCGCCCAUGGAGGAGAAAGUUCAAAGAAGCCAUUGACCUCCCACCGGACGAGUACCGUCAGUAUGUACAAGGAAAAACAAACCCGAAGAAGCCAACCGUGGUGUGUGAGCUGUGUGGCCGUACCAUCGAUAUCUGUCGUAUUGAUGGCCACCGGAAUCGACACAUGGGGCUGGAGCCCUACGAGUGCGAUGUGUGUGGCGACAAGUUCAACUGUAAGUAUAACCUGAGAACGCACCACCGACGAAAUCACGUCAAGGGCGAGGAGUGCACAUGUUCCACUUGUGGGAAGCUCUUCAUCAGUCGGCUGGCCCUGCAGUCGCACAUGAAGAGCGUUCACGCGGAAAGGAAGUUUGCCUGCAGCUUGUGUCCGCUGAAGUUUGGUAAUAGGUCCACUUUAAACUACCACCUGAAAAUUCACAACCAGACGCGAGACUUCAAGUGUCCCCUGUGUGGGAAAGCAUUCUACUGCAAAUCGGUGUGGAACAUACACAUGCGAACGCACAGUGGCGAAGCGCCUUAUCGGUGCAGCGUGUGUAGUGCGGCCUACGUGCACAGGAACAUGUACGUAGCUCACAUGAACAAGAACCAUCCGGGCGAACCGCUGAUGUACCUGAGUGGCAAGAAAUCGUUCAAGGAAUCUCUGCUUAACAAGGGCGUAUGAGUGCGUGUGGAUGCAAAUAGUA